GCGGCCGGAGGGCAGGGGCGGGUCAGACUGUGAAGGGACCGGAGGCCACGGAUAUACGAGAACAGACCCGGUCCGGACCAGUACGGCAAGCUGGGAAGAGAAGCCGUGCCCUGGCCCGGCUCUAUAAUGGUGUGCGGCUAGAAUCGGAUCCCGAGGGAGAGCCAGAGAGUCAGCCACCGGGAUGACAGACAUGAGAGAGGAGAAGAGACAGGUCAGCCGUUCCAGAUGGGGAUGGGUAGUCCUCUCAGUUGUGCUGCUUUUGAUAGGAAUCGGACCUUUUAAUUUAUUUUAUUAUGCAUUUUACGUCCUCUGCUUUGUGGUUGGCGGUUUUCUAGUUGCUUUUCUGUUUGGAAAGACGAACUCUGAAAGGUACCUGGAGAGUUGUGAACACUCUUUUCUUCCUCCAACAUCUCCAGGGAUCCCAAGGUGUCUAGAGGAAAUGAAACGUGAAGCUAGAACUAUUAAAAUUGACCGAAGAGUUACAGGUUCUAAUAUGAUUGAUGAGCCCCUGCAACAAGUGAUACAGUUCUCCUUGAGAGACUAUGUCCAGUACUGGUAUUACACACUAAGUGAGGAUGAAUCGUUUCUCCUGGAAAUCAGGCAGAUGAUUCAAAAUGCACUUGUCCAGUUUUCCACACGGUCAAAAGAAAUAGACUGGCAGCCUUAUUUUACAACACGGUUAGUGGAUGAUUUUGCCACACAUCUUCGAGUAUUCAGAAAAGCUCAACAAAGGAUAACCGAAAAGGAAGAGCAGAAGAAAGAUGUGGCUGAUGACCUGGUAGAUAUGUUUUUUGAGGUUGAAGUUGAAAUGGAAAAAUUUGUCUGCCGGGACCUUGUCUGCACUUCUUCCAUUGAUGAAGAAGGGUUCUUAAAGGAUUUGUGUGAAGUUUUACUGUACCUAUUGCUACCUCCUGGAGACUUCCAGAAUAAGAUCAUGCGAUACUUUAUAAGGGAAAUCCUUUCACGAGGAAUUCUUCUUCCUUUAAUAAAUCAACUCAGUGAUCCUGAUUAUAUUAAUCAAUAUAUCAUUUGGAUGAUUCAUGAUUCAAAUUGCAACUAUGAGGCCUUCAUGAAUGUUAUUAAAUUAAGUGACAAUAUAGGGGAACUGGAAGCUGUGAGAGACAGAGCUGCAGAAGAAUUACAAUAUCGUCGAUCAUUGGACACUGUGGGAGAUGAUAUAAACAUGAUAAAAAAUCAAAUAAACAGCUUACUAUUUGUAAAGAAAGUUUGUGAAACAAGAAUACAAAGAUUGCAGUCUGGAAAAGAAAUUGAUGCUGUUAAAUUGGCUGCAAACUUUGGAAAACUUUGCACAGUUCCCUUGGACAAAAUUCUUGUAGAUAAUGUUGCACUGCAGUUUUUUAUGGAUUUUAUGCAGCAGACCGGUGGGCAAGCACAUCUCUUCUUCUGGCUUACAGUGGAGGGAUACCGGGUUACAGCACAGCAGCAGCUAGAGGUGUUGCGUAGUCGACAACGGGAUGGGAAGCAUCAGACCAACCAAACAAAGGACCUUUUAAGAGCAGCUGCUGUUGGGAUAUAUGAACAGUAUUUAUCUGAGAAGGCAUCACCCAGAGUCCAUAUUGAUGACUACUUACUAACAAAGCUGGAGAAUGUUCUGAGCAGUGAGGACCCAACACCUGAGAUUUUUGACGAUAUACAGAGAAAGGUAUAUGACAUGAUGCUGCGAGAUGAAAGGUUUUAUCCCUCUUUCCGUUACAAUGCUCUUUAUAUCCGAAUGCUCGCGGAGUUAGACAUGUUAAAGGAACCUAGUUUUAAAGGAUCCGACGAUGGAGAUGGAGAAUCGUUUAAUGGGUCACCAACCGGUAGUAUAAAUCUGUCUCUUGAUGACCUGUCCGUUGUCAGCUCCGAUGACUUGGUGCAAAUUGGCGCUUAUAUAUCUGACACUGGAGUUUGUAACGAGCACGGCAAAACCUAUGCACUCUAUGCCAUUACUGUCCAACGGAGAACCUUGGAAGCAGUGGAGGACAUGUGGAAAACUUAUCGACGCUACAGUGACUUUCAUGAUUUUCACAUGCGCAUCACAGAUCAGUUUGAAAACCUCGCUGGACUUUUGAAACUACCAGGAAAAAAAACAUUUAACAAUAUGGAUAAAGAAUUUCUGGAAAAGAGGAAAAAUGACCUGAAUGCAUAUUUACAGUUAUUACUAAAUCCUGAACUUAUCAAAGCAUGCCCACCACUUGCCCAUUUCAUCAUGGACUUUCUGGAGAACAAAGCCUAUAACAAAGGAAAAGGAGACUUUGCACGCAAGAUGGACACAUUUGUAAACCCCCUACGCAACUCUAUGAGGAAUGUUUCCAAUGCAGUUAAGUCAAUCCCUGAUAGCUUGGCAGAAGGAAUGAAUAAAAUGUCUGAUAACGUGGGUAAAAUGUCAGAAAAAAUUGGACAAGAUUUAAAGCAGUCAUUAUUUAAGGCUCCUAUAAUUGUACCAAAACCUGAUGAUCCCGAACACUGUCGAGUAUCUGCACAAUUAGACGACAAUGUUGAUGAUAAUAUUCCUCUUCGAGUGAUGCUCCUUCUUAUGGAUGAAGUUUUUGACCUCAAAGAACGAAAUCAAUGGUUAAGAAGGCAAAUUACAAGUCUUCUCCAGCAGCUUAUUAGAGCAACAUAUGGAGACACAAUUAAUAGAAAAAUUGUUGAUCAUGUGGAGUCAAUGACAUCCCCGGACCAAGUAGCAGAUUAUGUGAAGCAUUUCAGAGAUUCAUUUUGGCCAAAUGGAAUAUUAGCAGAGACAACCCCUCGGAGAGACAGGAGCAUUCGUAUGCGGACAAGAGUAGCCGGGAAAACCAAGUUGCUGGAAAUUAUGCCAGAUGAACUGAAGCACAUAAUUGGCGCAGAAACAACCCGAAAAGGGAUCCUAAGGGUCUUUGAAAUGUUUCAGCACAACCAGCUGAAUAGGAGACUUGUCUAUGUUUUUUUAGAGGGCUUCUUGGAAACCUUAUUUUCACAAUAUAAGUUCCACGAGCUAUUCAAUAAACUGCACUCCAGAUCAGAACGAAUGCAGAAAUAUAAACAGAGACUACAAUCUUCUCAAGCGCCUUCUUUACAGAAAAGGUGACACUCCAGACAGCCAAGAGGUGCUCGAAAGACUUGUAGUGUUUUAUCCAGAAGUUCCUCAUCAGUGGCUUGGACUUCUUUCUGGAGCCGAAGAACACCUAGAGAUGUUUUUGCACCAGUCAUUUAGUGUCAUAUAUACUACUAACGCAUCCAUAAAACGUGUUAACUCUUCUCAUUCUUACCUGCUGUAAGACAGUCACCUUGGUUUGUAUAUCUUAAAAUGUUUUGGUGCAUCUUACAACACUGAGAAGAUACUGUAGCUGAUCAAGUAAUUUUAAUCAUCUAUGGUCAGGAUCUCUCGGUUUCUGACAAAUGGGAAUGACGGAAGUAAGCUAUGGUUUCCAGUGAUGAAGACAUGCCAGAUUGUAUUUUUCUAUAUAAAAUUCAAGCACAAAUGCAGUAGUAAGUUGAAGAAUCAAGCUAGAUUGUGUUGAUGCUGGGAGAUUGUGCAAUGUAACUGUAAUCAACUCAUAAUUGUUGCGCUUACAUAAAGACCUUGUAGGUCUGGGUCAAUUUUCCUGUGCACUAAUUGAAUUUGCACAGUGACGUUCCAGAGAGUUCAGUAGUGAGAAAACACUCCAAAACCAGAGUCUCACGUUUUCUUCCCAUCAUCUAUGUUCAAAAACAACCUUAUAUGACUGUCAAAAUUGACUCAUUUUGGGUCAUCUGUUAUCCUUGACAUUGAAGCAUAAUGUAGGUUUUCUGUAUAUUUGCUUUCAUGGUGGGAUUUUCUCUUUUGCUUUCCCCUCCUUUUUUAAAUCUUCUUUUUUCUUUAUUUCAGAGAAGAGACCACCUUAAUCCUAAUAAAAUAGGUGGUGUGACACUCUUGGUAAUAGCUGAUCUCGGAUCUCCAGCACCCCUGGGGGAGCUCUGUAAAAUCUGUGGUCCCCCACAAUAGAAUCAGAAUACAAUCCAUGGGCUACACAAUGUAGGUGCUCAAUAAUUAAGUUUAUUGGUGCUCGCAGGACACAACAAAAAAAAAAACUGUGACUUUUUGGCCUGUACGACUUUGUAUUCUGAUUCCACCUUAAUCCUUAGCGAGCGUUGUCUGGAUGAGCUAAAUAACCUUUUAAAAUGAGUUUUGAGCUAUUUAAUGUGGUUAUACAUAUUGUCUAGAUUUUUUUUAAAUAUACUUUUAAAACACCGCAAUAUGAUUUUUGAACUGGCAAUUGGGAAGCUUUGUGAGCACUGUGGUGUUGUUUGUCUUUACUAAGUAAAGAAAUCUUUGGCAGACUUGCACUUGCAAAAAUACUUGUUAAUCUUGAAAUGAUUCCACUGUAAUUGAAAAUUAUGGAGAGAACAAUUUGCAGUCAUUUUUUAAUAUUCUACUUCAAAAGUAAUGUACCGGGUAGGUGGUAUAACAUUCAUGUAGUUAUUGGACAGUAGUUUAAUAAUUCUUUACUUGGAUUCUGGAUAAGUAUGUCUGUAUUCUAUGAAAUCAUGGCUUUGCAACCCAGGUUUAAACUGUAUAGAUGGCUGCUACUUUGGUUUAGUUUACACUUACAUGCAUUGUUUAAAGGAAUUGAUUUGCUAAACAUUAAAUUUAAAUUAUAGGCAAAAUAAUGUUGUAAAAAAAAAAAAAACUAUUUCCAACUCUUGUAUCGUGGCCAAAAAACUGUGCAAUACAAUUUUUAAUUCCCCACAAAUCAUGAUUCAAUAUAUAAGCCCAUAUGCUUGGAUAUUACUUGUCUUUUGACACCCACAUUCAUUCUAUUGUAUGAUUGUACUUGAUUUCAGAGGCUCCAUUUUUAGUUGAAGAGAUUUGAGAUGUAUUUGAGGUAUUUGGAUAGUUGUAGAUCAGAGAUUAUUGUCCUAAAGGAAAGUCUACAUCUACAUAGUUCUCAGUGCUGUAUCAUCCCACGUGAAUUACAAUCUUACUAGGAAAUUGUGUGAUAGAAAUAUUCAUGAUCACUUAAUUUUCUUGCCUCAGGUUUUUAAGUUUUUGUUUGUUUGUUUGUUUGUUUGUUUUUUUUGAGUGCAGCGCUGAUCUUUGACUUGCUACACUCCAACAUUUACAGUGAUGUAGUCCAAGAGAUCUUGUUGUUCAACUGCAUUUUCCUACAUCCUGUUGCAAGCAGAGAGGAUUAUGGGCAGACCCGUGUUUUCAUUCUAUGCUGCCAUUUUUCUCAGUAGAUGGUAUAUUUAGGAUUGAAAUAGUAAUUGCAGUAUAGCAAAACCAAGAUGGUGGCAAGUUGUCUGCUCUGCUCUAUUGGCUUUUUUUUUGUCAUACUUCAACUUUACAUACAUAGUAUACGGUAAUCAUAAUAGCCAUAUUUUGUUGUAUGUGUGACUAUGGCAUUUUGUUAUAUUCUCAUUACCCCCCCCCCCCCCCCCCCCCUCUGUGAGUGUAUUCAGGCUUAAACAAAUUGUCACAAAGUGGAGAUCAUGUAAACUCAUUUUAAUAAAAAAUAAUUUUAUCAUAUUUAACUAAAACCUUCCUUAUUAACUAAAUCUGGCUCAGUGCAGCCGGUGAUGUUCCAGACUGUGAAAUUGUUGGUAUCCCUGCCAACAAACCACUGUACAAUGUGAUUGAAUCAGAUCUUUUAACGGCACUGGCAUGUACGGCAGUAUCAGUCGGCAUACAGGUGCUUUGUUGUGUUGCUGAAAAUUCUUCUACCAUUGUCCAGACUAAAAGCACUUGUUUUAACCUUAAUCGUUCCCAAAAUAAAAGUUAAAAAAAUAAAAUAAUGUAGAAAGGAUUAAAUGUUUGGUCAGCUAAUUUCCAAGCUUGCGCUGCUGGCAUUUAUGAAACGUGUGUACACUUUUAAACUAAAAUACAAGACUUUUACUGGCCAAAAGUUUAAAUCUGUGUGUAAUAUUUCAUUCAUAUCCGCAGUUGCCCUUCACCACAAACUUUUAGUUAUGUACGCUGAAAUUUAAGAAGUUUUGCAGAAAAAAAAUUUACCUUCC